AUGGGUACAGGGCUCUUGGUCUCGGUCGAUCCAGAGGACAUACUCAAGGAAGACGUCCCUGGUCUCACUCUGGAUCAGGUAGCCUACCUUGGGCAUUGUCUGAUCGAAGUCACUCCAGAGACAUACCAAUCCAAUCUCGAGUUCCUUCGUCAGAAUUUCUCCAAACUCGAUGUAUACCUCGAUGUUAGGAAGCUGAAGAGUUGGGACAAUGUCAUUGACGUUCUCAACAACGGGGCAUCCAAAAUAUUCGUCACCUUCGAGCAGCUGAAGGCUCUGUCGCAAGAGCCUACCAUUUCUGCGGAUCGCCUUGUCUUGACUAUCUCCCUUGUCAAUCCGAAAACCGAUAUUGGAAAACUCAAGACCUUUCUCGAUGACAAUCCACGGUGGAAGACUGCUGAAUGGGCAUUCGAUGGCGACAAAGGCAAUGAGUACGUCGAUGCGGUAUUGAAAGAGCUGGAUAAUUAUCCUCCAAGUCAUGAUCAGACAAUAUUCGUCUCGGUCGCGAGCGAGAUUGAAGGAAGGAACCUGCUGCACGAAUAUCCCGGAAAUGCUCUGAUUGUCUCCUCAAAGAAGUUGACCUUCGACCCUUCCAAGGAGGAAAACAAGGCUCUGAUACCUGCUGUGGAAUUGAUCGUCUCUGGGGCCACCGCUGAUCGAAAGACGGGCCUUUACGCGACUACGGUAGUUGAUGAGCGCGGCGUUGCGUUGGGCUUGGUGUGGAGCAGCAAAGAAAGUAUCGCCGAAGCGCUGAAGACCGGAACAGGCGUUUACCAAAGUCGAAAAAGAGGACUUUGGCACAAGGGUGCAUCGAGCGGGGAUAUUCAGGAACUGAUCAGUAUCGGCUUCGAUUGCGACAAGGACUGCUUGAUUUUCAGGGUUCAUCAGAAAGGGCAGGGUUUCUGCCAUCUGAGAACAAUGUCAUGCUGGGGCAAGGUUUCUGGGCUGUCUAGACUACAACGAACAUUGCAGCAACGCAAGGUCGAAGCCCCCGAGGGCUCUUAUACUGCUCGGCUUUUCAACGACCCGAAGCUUGUCAAUGCAAAAAUCAAAGAAGAGGCCGAUGAACUUUGCGCAGCAACCUCGAAAGAAGACAUUGCCUCUGAGGCAGCUGAUCUGCUCUACUUUGCUCUUGCCAGGUGCAUUGCCGCGGACGUCACUCUGGAAGACAUUGAGAAGAACCUUGACUUGAAGAGUCUGAAAGUGAAGAGACGGAAAGGCGAUGCCAAACCUCAAUACGUUGAGGAGACCCCUGUUGUUGAGAAGUCAACUUCCGAAACCAACGGUGUUGAUGGCCACCAGGAUGAAGAUGUCAAGGAGGCAGCAUCUGUUCCAAAAGGCCCCUUAGAUCCUGCUGGCAGGGCAGAAUCGGGCCGGAUACAGCUGAAAAGAUUUUCUACGUCGCAAACUUUCUCGGACGACAUUUUGAAAGCUGCCCUACAACGACCUUCGCAAAAGUCCAACGAGAAAAUCAUGUCACUUGUCCAUCCUAUUAUUGCCGAUGUUCGUGCCAACGGCGACUCUGCUGUCCUGAAAUAUACCCACAAAUUUGAGAAAGCUACCGGUCUGAAAUCUCCUGUACUAAAAGCACCUUUUCCUAAGUCGCUGAUGCAACUUCCCGAAGAGACCAUCAAAGCGAUAAACACCUCGUACGAUAAUAUCCUCAAAUUCCAUGCUGCGCAGAAACCGUCAGCACCAUUGAUCGUGGAGACAAUGCCUGGUGUGACCUGCUCUCGGUUUUCGAGACCGAUUGAGAAAGUCGGUUUAUACAUUCCUGGCGGCACUGCAGUAUUGCCCUCAACGGCGCUUAUGCUCGGUGUCCCGGCCAUGGCCGCAGGAUGCAAGAACAUCGUCCUUGCAUCGCCCCCGAGGUCUGAUGGUACUGUCACGCCGGAAAUCGUGUACAUCGCGCACAAAGUCGGAGCAGAAGCCAUAGUUUUGGCGGGCGGUGCUCAGGCUGUCGCCGCCAUGGCCUAUGGAACAGAAUCUGUCACCAAGGUCGAUAAAAUCCUGGGUCCAGGAAAUCAAUUUGUCACGGCCGCGAAGAUGAUUGUCAGCAACGAUACCUCCGCCGCAGUAUCAAUUGAUAUGCCAGCUGGCCCGUCUGAAGUGCUAGUUGUUGCGGACAGAACAGCCGAUCCGGCGUUUGUUGCCAGUGACCUGCUCAGUCAAGCCGAGCAUGGCACAGAUAGCCAAGUUGUGCUUAUCGCUGUUGAUCUGACCGAGGAGCAGCUCCAAGCGAUUGAGGAUGAAGUGCACAAGCAGGCGCACGAACUUCCGCGAGUGGAUAUUGUUCGAGGGGCAAUCGAGCACAGUGUUACCAUCUCAGUGACCACUCUCAAAGAAGCACUGAAGUGGUCGAAUUACUAUGCACCUGAACAUCUCAUUCUGCAAAUCGCUGACCCUCGCGCCGUACUACCUGAUGUUCAAAAUGCAGGUUCCGUAUUCCUGGGAGGUUGGACGCCUGAGUCUGUUGGCGAUUAUUCCGCAGGUGUGAACCACAGCUUGCCGACAUACGGCUACGCGAAGCAAUACAGCGGUGUCAACCUCGGCAGUUUUAUGAAGAAUAUCACCAGCAGCGAGGUCACAGAGCAAGGUGUUGGGGAAGUAGGUUACGCAGUUAUGGAGCUUGCAAGGUGUGAAGGUCUUGACGCUCAUCGACGAGCCAUGGAGAUCCGCUUGGAGAAGCUUGGACUUGUCAAGAAGAACGGCGUGCAGACUGACAGCAGUCCCGUGGAGAUUGAGAAGGCUGAGCCAGAAGCUGUAAUCCACAACGGAUCACCAGAAGUGAGUCCCAAGUCAGCUGCUCUCAAUGAGACGGGUGAUGAGGAUGGGGCGGCAACAAGCCAAAAUGCUGACGAGCAGCCAAAGAUCAAAGCCUGA